ACCAAACACACUCUAAACUUCCGAGCUAUUCUUAGCAUUUUUGGUAUUUUUGCUUUUGGUGGGAUGUCAGAAAAAUCUUUCAGAGAUCAGAAAACAAGUUAAACCCAAAAAUAUUGGGAGUGAAUUUUAGUGAAGAUAAGAAUGGAGAUAUUAGAUGAUGCUAUUACUCACACCAUGGACAUGUGUAGCCAAGAAAGGUGAACAAAACAAAUCACACACACACACGCUUUGAAUGAAAGGAAACUCAGUACAAAACAAACAAAAAUAUGAAUAAAACUGAGAAGUGAAUAUUUGUUUUGAAAGGCAAGGCAAAAUCAAGUUGUAAGAGGCAAGAAAAUGGGAGAAGUGAGGGUGGUGCUGUUUCCUGUGCCGUUCCAAGGCCACAUAAACCCUAUGCUUCAGCUGGCCGAAAUCCUCUACUCCAAAGGCUUCUCAAUCACAAUCAUUCACACCCAAUUCAACUCCCCAUCCCCUUCCAAAAACCCCCACUUCUUCACGUUCCGCUCCUUUCCCGACGGCCUGUCAGAGACCGAAAUCUCCGGCGGGGGCGUGUUAGAGCUCAUAACGCUGCUCAACGCCCGCUGCGUGGAGGCAUUCGCAAACUGCCUCCGGGAGGAGUUGGCGGCGGCACAGCGCGUGGCUUGCCUGAUCACGGAUGCCCACUGGCAUUUCACUCAACGGGUUGCCCAUGCCUUUGCCCUCCCCAGAAUAGUUCUCAGGACUGCCAAUAUAUCUGCUUUUCUCGCCAUGCUCGCUCUUCCCUCUCUCCCAAAUUUUCCACUAAAUUUGACUAUGAAUAUUGCAGAAGAGAAGAUGGAAGAUCCAGUACCUGAUUUGCCGCAUCUGAAAAUGAAAGACAUACCGGCGGUGAAGACCAGCCAAAAUCCCCAUCUGAUUGAGCAGCUGAUGUCAUCCGUGCUGAGGGAGACCAAGGCCUCCUCGGGCCUCAUCUUCAACUCCUUCGACGCCCUCGAACACGAGCCCCUCGUACGGUGCCGCAACCUCUUCUCCCCAAUCCCCAUUUUCCCACUGGGGCCUUUUCACAAACACCUUCCGCCCACAAUCCCAGCCGCCACCGACCCUCCUCCAGACCACGCCUCCAUUAUCUCCUGGCUCGAUACAAACCCCCCCAAAUCAGUCCUGUACGUCUGCUUCGGUACCCUCGCCGCCGUGGACCGGGACGAGUUCGUGGAGAUCGCGAGCGGCCUGGCGAAGUGCAGCCAUCCGUUCCUGUGGGUGGUCCGGCCCGGGAUGGCGAGUGGGUCGGAGUGGGUGCCGGAAGGGUUCGACGAGAGGUGGGCGAGGGGAGGAGGAGGGUUGGUGGUGAAAUGGGCGCCGCAGCGGGAGGUGCUGGCGCAUCCGGCGGUGGGGGGGUUCUGGACGCACAGCGGAUGGAACUCGACGAUUGAGAGUAUUUGUGAAGGGGUCCCGAUGCUGUGCUACCCUUUCUUUGGGGAUCAGAUGGCCAACGCCAGAUAUGUGUGCGACGUCUGGGGAAUUGGGGCGCUGCUGGAGAGACGGCAGAUAGAGAAGGGGAUUACGAGGUUUAUGGCGGAGCGGGAGAGUGGUGGGAUGAUGAACAGGAUCAAGGGUUUCAAGGACAUGGCGGAUUCUUGUUUGAAACAAGGGGGCUCUACGUUUCUUUCGCUGCAGAAUUUGGUGGAUUAUAUCCUCAACAUCUAGUAUAUGAUAUUACAUUUAGCUUAAAUCUAGGUUAUUUAAUAAUUUAACUCAACUAAAUAAUUAUACUCAUAUUCUUUGUGUAUUUCUUCCAUAGGCCAUCGAGAUUUUGAGAGUUCUGUUGUUUAG